AUGAAGCUGUCGGGGGUCAGGUGCGUAGUGAGGUGCCUUGAAUAUGGAGAACGUGGAGGCGGCCGAGGCCAGAGCAUUUACUGUGCGCCCCAUGGGGCCUUGGUCCAACUUUUUGAAGUUGAAAUGUGGGAGACGCAGGUGAAUGGUGAUAAACAUGCUCGGGGACAGAUCUGCUCGUGUUCGGCCGCCUCGCAUGAGCAAGAAAGAAGAAGCGGUGGGAUAGGCGUGCCGACGUGUCCCGCGCAGCAGCCGCGUUCGAAGCUCGUGAACCAGCCAACGGCCCAUUCGACAGCCCUCAAGCUCUUGUUGCCCCACCUCUGCGCACUGCAACAGCCAGACCCAGACAACAGACCAGACAACAGACCCCUGCAACGGCAAAGUUUUGCCGCCGACAGUAGCCGACACUUCCGAGCCGACGCGUCCUCUCGCAAUCCCGAAGCCUGCCACUCCGAGGAGGCGCUGAACUACAAGCCUCAACACCGGCCCACAGUCAACCAGUCAACUUAGAAAGAGACAUCCGAUUUCGUAAGUAGUGCAGCAGGUUUCUCUUGAUUGUGACGCGUUUACUUGCCAUACUUGCGUGUGCGUAGAGGCCUUUGACAUCUGCGAUAACGACAUCCCUGUUGUAU